AUGACGGACAGCUUUAAUAUUCGGUGCGAAGCACGUAUUCAACGCAUCGACAAUUAUGACCACGCCCGUGAUAAGGACGUAGCCGACCUGGAGAAGUUGGUACCGAUCUCCCCCACAAUCGGCAUAAUUGUCCUCGUCAUCCUCCUCUUCGCUGUCCUUCUCCUUGCCCUCCUUCUCCUCCUACUCGUCCUCUUCGUACUUCUCUGCCACUUCGUCGUGCUCCCUCAGGAUCUCGUGGUCGCAACAUCGCUCAUCCUGCCGGACAUUCCAUUCUCGCAAGCGUCAUCUGCCGGGGUUCAAGCAUUGGCCAACACCACACCACCCUCCUCGUCCUCUUCACGCUCUUUGGACUUCCUAGCCAUCUCCUCAUCCCCGACCCAGGACCUCGCUAUCCCUCACCUGUCAUGCCCGUCCCGUCGUUAUCGCAAGUACCUUUUAAUGAAGCCAAGGGAUUUGUGA